AUGGCUCCUUUAGCUAAACUUGUUGUGGCUUGCCUGAUCCUAUCCUUGGCCUUAAUCCAAGUCUCUUGGGUGGCUGGUGGCUCCAUAGCUACCUACUGGGGUCAAGACACCAAUGAUACAGAAGGACGUCUAGAGGAACUCUGUAAUACUGGCCACUAUUCUCACAUAAACGUAGCCUUUCUUACCCAUUUUGGCGAUGGCCGAGACCUGGAGUUCAGCAUUUUUGAUCACUGCAACAACCAGGUCAGUUGCAUCCGUUUUGGCCGGGACAUAAAGACUUGUCAAAGCAAGCAAGUUAAGAUCCUCCUCUCUAUUGAAGGACCUUAUGGAACCUAUUCUCUGAAUUCUGUUGACGAUGCCCAAAAGGUUGCGAAGCUAUUAUGGGAUUCCUAUCUGAUUGGAGUUGGAUUUGACGGCAUAGAUUUCCACAUAGAGAAUGGGUCCGCACUAUAUUAUGAAAAUCUUACAAAUUACUUGAAGGAUUAUGGUAAAAAAAAUAAUAAAGAAGUCAUUUUAUCAGCAUCUCCUAGCGGUCUUUAUCCUGAUGCAUAUCUUGAAAAAGCCAUGUACUCAGGUCAUUUUGACAUUGUUUGGAUUCAGUUAUUUAACAGCACUUCAUGCCAGUAUGAUAGUGCCAAUCAGAACGAUUAUCUACCUGUGGCUUCAUGGGAGGAAUGGAAUAUGCUGCUUGCAACAGGGAGACCGCUGUUUCUGGGUAUACCGGCGUCCGAAUAUAUUUCAAGGUCCGAACAAACGGACAUGGAUCCUCUGUCCCCAUUUGGUGUCCCCUUUUUUGUCCCUUCAAUUAAAAGUAGACAUGUGUCAUCUAAAAUGUAA